UGUGCUCUAGGGUUCCCGGUGUCCAGUCUCUGGAAAGGUGGGUCACCUGCAGGCUGGCGCUGGCUUCUGAGCUGCCUCAGAACUUGGUGUCGCAGGUGGCUACUGGAGCUGACACCCAACACUGCGGUGGACCUGCGUGUCCCCUUGCUGCAGCCUCGCCAGGCGGAGCUGGCUGGGCCGCGGAACCGCAUUCCCUACCCCUAACCACGUUGUGGCCGCGGUGUGGCCUUGGCUCUGCUUCGCUCUGAGGUACUGGAUCAGGUCGGUGUCUGCCAGAUGCGGGAGAGUUGGUGCGAGCUACUUGCAAGAUAUCUUAAACUUUCCCUGGGGAUUCCUCUACCAGCCUGUUAGAUCGUGUUGUGAAUUUCGCCAGAUACCAAAAUAAAAUAUUCCUUCCAGUGCCCUUCUGGGACGUUAUGACUUUUCUCCUUAAAAACUGACGAAAAGACCAGGAACUAUCUUGUCUUCAGAGUCUGGGAUAAAGACUAGCAGAUGAUAAAAGUAUGUCUUUGUGGCCCUUCCCUAACACUUCCAAGGAGCUUCAUUCCUAACAUUUUUCUAGCCAUCAGAUUUCUCCAGAGCAAUGACCCAGAAGACGUAAUCAGUUCGUGAUUAGAGUGACAUUGUUCCCAGAGCCCCCAAGAUGGCAGCUAAAAUGGAAAUAACUUUGAGUAACCCCACUGAGGAUUCUGACAAGCAAGACAGACACAUAAUAAUGAAGCUGGAAGAAAAACGCGCCCCACCUCAGCGAAAAGCCAGUCCUGACCCGGAGCUUUCUCGCCAGAGCUUCAGACACUUUUGUUAUCAAGAAGUGUCUGGGCCCCAGGAAGCGCUCUCCUGCCUUCGACAGCUCUGCAGACAGUGGCUGCGGCCUGAACUACACACUAAAGAGCAGAUUUUGGAGCUCUUGGUGAUGGAGCAGUUUCUGGUCAUCCUACCUCCAGAGAUCCAGGCACAGGUCUGGCAUCGAUAUCCAAAGAGCAGCAGGGAGAUUGUGACCCUGGUGGAAGAUUUGCACACAGCGUCUAAAAAACCAAAGCAGUGGGUGACCGUUUGUAUGCAAGGGCAGAAGGUGCUCCUGGAGAAAACAGGAGCUCAGCUUAUAGAACAAGAACUUCGAGACUUUCAACCCCAGACUCCUAGCAGAGAUAUUCAAGAGAACUCUCUGGCAGAGCCUUCCUGGGAAAGAUCUCAUGAGCAGCUGAGUCCCCACCACUGGGAGAAGUCUCUCCUCCAGGAACCAGCCCUCAGAUUGACUGAGACAGAGUCCUCCAGAAUGAGAAGUGAUGACAAGGAAAAUCCACACCCGGAGGGCGCCAGAGGCGCAAAGGCAUGCACAGUCUUACGUGGAAGACCUAAAGGGGGUACCCUGCACAGCCCUGAGCCAGGAGGAGUGACCGCAAGUGACCUCCGAUUGUUGCAAUGGCAGGUCAGACCCCCACAGUCUCCCAAGCCACUUCCCUACUACCAGAGACAUUGCAGAGAGCUGGAAUACAUCAGCAACCCCCUCAGGGGACCCCCGCUGAGAGAGCUAAGGAGAAGCAGAGGAGGCCGGAGGAGCCUGAGCAGCCUUCUGCAGCGCCUUGGUCACCAGGCAGCCCACUCCGCCAAACCUUACAGAUGUGACGACUGUGGGAAAAGCUUCACGUGGAAUUCAGAGCUGAAGCGACACACAAGAGUGCACACCGGGGAGAGACCCUACAUCUGUGGGGAGUGCGGAAACUGCUUUGGGAGGCAGUCAACUCUGAAACUGCACCAGAGAAUCCACACUGGGGAGAAACCAUACCAGUGCAGCCACUGUGGCAAGUGCUUUCGCCAAAGCUCAAACCUCCACCAGCACCAUAGGCUCCACCACGGGAACUGAAGCGAUGCUGUUUGCUGUAGAGUCCUAGGGAAAGGCUUCUGGUCUCUCCCUUCUCUCACUUGCCUGUAAGAGUAUCUUUGUGACUCACAACAGAGCGAGCGGCCCGUGGGGAGUGAUGGGUGAAUAAUCAAGUGGUAAGGACCUCAAAAAGAGGCCGAGGGGGCUUCUGGGUAAGGACAGCUGAUCCGGGUGUGGGCCGCGCAGAGCUGAGGUCUCGGCAGAGUGAAGGCCGGUUACUGAGGAACGGUCAGGAUGAGCUGCAGGUGGCUUCAAUUAAUUAAUUAAUCCUUAAUUAAAUUCUCCUUGUUGCUUUCUCUUCUAAAAUAGAGUUGUUUUCAUGUGCACACUUGAGCAGUGCUCGAGAAUGCCAAGAAAGCAGUCCCCGGAGAGUCCUCUCAUAGUCUUUCUGCAGCUAACUUUUUUAGUGGUGGUGGCUUUUCAUUACUUAUUUUUAAGACCAGUCUCUCUACAUAGCCGUGGCAGUGCUGGAACUCACUCUGUAGACCGGUCUGGCCUGGAACUCAGAGCUCUACCUGCCUCUGCCUCCCAAGAGCUCGUAAAAACGUGUGUGACCCCACACCCUGCUGUAACUUCUUAACAAAAGACAAUUUGAGAAUAGGGAUGUAUUUAUGUGAUUAACAGUUCCUAAGUAAGUAGAUGGCACUUUCAUUUAAGUUAUAUUCGAGGGAUCUUUUGAUUUACAAAAGGCGUCCCAACUCUAGCCCAGGCUAUAAGGGAGAGCCCCCGGGAGAAGGAAGUACGGCUCUGGAGGGCAGGGGAUUCUCCGUUCUUGAGUAAGCCAUUAGCUUUAACACCGUGACUAGGCAUGCUCAGUGUCUACAGUUAGAUCAUGGGGUGGGUAUACGGUUAAGGACUGCAGGAAAGUUAUUGAGAUAGAUUAAUUUAUGAUAGGUGAAUUGUACCUCCAUAGCCUUUUUUAAAUGACAGAAUAAUAUAUUUAUAUAAAAUGUUAGAGUUCCAGAACGGGGUCUGGGACACCUUUCCAUACCAAAAUCUUGUUUUCUUAAAGUAGAAAGUAGAGCCCAGUCAGUAGUCACCCUGGGGAAGGCGUCCUCUUUCUCCAUCCAGGCAGAUUGUGUGUGUGUGU